AUGAUAAUGACUCGAGAAAAUGAACUCUUUGAAGAACGGUUACUUGCAGCUGAACGUGAAAGUAAAGUGAUUUACGAAAUGGAAAAAGACAAGGAAUACAUUUUGCCCAACAUCUUAACAAAAGAGGCCUAUGAAAUAUCCCCGACACAUUGUGACGGGUUGUGUAUUGACAUUCCACGAGGUAGUGCCGAUGAUAAUACCAAAAUAUGUCUAUGGACAAAACAACAAGCUAAAAACCAGUUGUUCCAAUUUGUCCCUUUCAGAAGUCAGGGCCACCCCAAUUGCGUGUUAAUCCAAAAUUUGUCGACUGGGAAAUAUUUGGGUGUUGCGAAGGGGAAAAAGGAAAAAGUUGGGGAAAGUGUCAAACAAACAAAUAACAACAAAAAUUUGGAGGAAAACCACUGGACUUUAAAAAUGACGGAAAACGGAAAUGUUAAUAUUUUGUGCGCACACAGUUUAUUCUGUUUGGACGUCGUUAAAGGAGGUAAAAAGGCGGGUACAGAACUGUGUGUGUGGAACACUGGUAAUCAACAAAAUCAAAAAUUCGCGUUAACAAAGGCAAAAGACCAAAACGCUGUGAUGCAACUCAAACGACAAUUGGCAGAAAAAGAAGUAUCAUAA